GCAGUAGAGCCUAGAAUCCCGCAGCGCGUGUUUGUUUUUAAUUUCGCGAUCUACGAUCUAACUUUUUUAACAAUAGAACCCGACUCGUGAGAGAGGCUGUGUAUCCUCUCUUUAUUCUCUCCUCUCUCUCUCUUUUCUCUCUCUCUCUCUCUCUCUCUCUCCCUCUCUCUUAUUCCUUUUCUUUUUCUCUCUCCUCUAUCUCUCAGUUGUCUAAUUCUUUUGCCUUUCCCUCUCCCCAUUUGUUUUUUCCGUUUCUCCUCUCCUCUCUCUUUCUCUGCCCCUUCUCUCUUCAUUUCCCAUCCUCCUCCUCCUCCCUCUCCUGCCCAUUCCAGUCCUUUUCGUUUCUCUCACUCCUACUUCUCUCUCUCUCUUUAUCUCCCCCCCCCCUCUCACUGUCACUCUCUCCCCCCUUUUCCACAUCGUUCUUCACCUCACCGCCUCCUUCUCCUAACACAUAGUAUACUGACUCCGCUAUUUCUAAAAACGUAACGCAAUCGUGGCGACGUAUGCGAGGAGCGCGCCAGAGAAAAACCACGAGUGAGGAGGCGCGACGUACGAAUAUCGAGUUGUAUUAAUUGUGCGAGGAUAAAGAAAGCAAAGUGAUACAGUUGUGAAUAACGGAUUGAAAUUUACGUUAACGUUGUGCAAAACUAAACGUGAAAGAACCACCGUUGUAUCGGAUCUUGAUCGCAACCGCCGUCUGUCUCUUGCUAAUUUCACGUUUAACGUUCUUUUUUUUUCUCUCUCUCUCUCUUCGUCUCCCUUUUACUUGCGACACAAUUUUUGUCCAUCUUUUUUUCUAUUUUCGCGUGACCGCCAUAGGAGUAAUCAAGUAAUUGCAAUGUGUGAUAAUACUAACACGACGACGCAGAGUAUAGCGGACUACUUGUCACAGUUACUAAAAGACAGAAAGCAGUUAGCUGCUUUCCCUAAUGUCUUCAUACAUGUAGAGCGCCUACUAGACGAAGAAAUCGCGAAGGUGCGAGCGAGCCUAUUUCAAAUCAGUGGUGUCAGGAAAGAACCACUGGUUUUGCCAGAACCAGAUGGCGAAAUCAGAACGUUGACAGAGAAAGUUUAUGUACCUGUUAAAGAACAUCCAGAUUUUAACUUUGUUGGAAGAAUUCUUGGACCACGCGGGAUGACGGCUAAGCAAUUAGAACAAGAAACGGGAUGUAAAAUAAUGGUGCGAGGAAAAGGAUCUAUGAGGGACAAAAAGAAGGAGGAGCUAAACCGGGGUAAACCAAAUUGGGAACACCUAACGGAUGAGCUGCAUGUUUUAUUGACAGUUGAUGAUACGGAAAAUCGUGCCACAUUAAAACUUGCCAGAGCUGUGGAGGAAGUCAAGAAACUUCUUGUUCCCGUGCAGGCUGAUGGGGAGGAUGAACUAAAGAAGCGACAGUUAAUGGAGCUCGCUAUUAUAAAUGGUACCUACCGGGAUUCCAAUACAAAGGUUGGCGCAGUUACAGCUUGUGACGAAGAAUGGAGACGUGUCGCAGCAGCUGCAGCAGAAACACAGCGGCUUCUUCCUGGUUUGGCCACACCUAUGAGGACACCCAGUGCCCCAUUAGGUGCACCGUUAAUACUCUCGCCAAGGAUAUCUGUACCAACAACCGCAGCAUCUCUUCUAAACGGCACAGGUCCACCAGGAUCGCUUCUUUCAGCUGGCGAACCUCAUGGAUUAAUCUAUACUCCGUAUGCCGAUUACGCCAAUUACGCAGCCCUGGCAGCAUCGCCUCUACUCACGGAAUACACGACUGCUGAUCAUUCUGGUGCAGCAGGAGCUGCGAAACAGCGUAGGCACCUGGGUCAGAUUCGCGAGCACCCUUAUCAAAGGGCUGGUGCUUUGUCGUGAAUUCGGAGAGCGCAAUCACAAUACUAUACGCGCCUCCGCAAAGAGGCUUGGAGUGCUAACAAUGGAAUCCACUCGCCCAGUGCUAACACCUGGACUCUGGAACAACAUCCGCGUUCGAUUGAUUCACCAACCAGAUGACCACCUUCGUCGUUCGCAUCACCAGCCCUGUUCGUCAAGUUUAUCCAUCCUGUAUCCUUUCCGUGCUUUGAAAUUUUGUAAUUUCGUUUAAAAUUACUUCCGCCGUUUCGUUAGCAUUCAUGGCAAUUUUAUUUCGGACAGUCAACAUAUCGAAAUUUUCAUAAAAACUUUCAUAUUACCCAUAAACGCAGCAAAAAAU